AUGUAUGCUCAUGACAGCGGCACUAUGUACCUGCUGGAGAGGAUAGGAUUUGUUCUUCAGUACGAUUACAUGACUGAAAUUCUUGCCGAAUCCAUGAUUUGUGGUAUCCCUCUAAACUGUGAUUUUAGCAUUCUAAAUCGUUCCGAUUUUGAACUAGAUAACGCUAAACUAAAAGCUAUCAACUCUGACCAAGUCCUUGAAGAAGAUUCGUUUUUUAUACAAGAAGAAAGGGUAUAUGCCUGCAACAUGUUUAACCAUUCUCGACCCAAGAGCCACAUUCAAACAUUCUUUAAAUACGAUCACAUACAGGGCAUUCUGACGUAUGUGACUUCAGGUGUUUCCAUGGUCAGUCUACUAAUCACACUGGUGGUGUAUGCACUUCUGCCUGAGCUGAGGAAUCUACCCGGUCGUCUAACCAUGUCUUUGUCUGCCACCCUUCUGGUUGCCCAGACACUUCUGCUCCUCAUUCAUCUGCCCACGGGAUUACUGUGUCAGGCACUUGCCAUCACUCUGCACUUCUCCUGGCUUUGCUCCUUUAUGUGGAUGACAGUCAUGUCUGUGAGUUUGGCUCAUACUUUCCAAAACAAAACAAAGCAGGCGCUGGCUCAAAGGGCUAACAAAACAUAUGCAUUAUUCAGUCUCCUUGCAUUCGGCAUCCCAGCACUCAUCGUUGGUGUUUCGGUUGUUAUUGAUCUCCUUGAUGUCCCAGGUUUAGAUAUUGGUUACGGAUCAUCUGGAGUAUGCUGGAUCUCCAAUCCCUCAGCAUCACUCUUGGUAUUCGGGCUCCCGGUUGGUCUUAGUAUUGCAGCCAACACAAUCUCUUUCGUGGUUACAUACUACAACAUCGACAAGAGUCUGAAACUUUCAAAGAACGUGUCAAGUACUGGGAAAGACAAAUCCCGGUUUCUCAUCUACAGUAAGCUGUUCAUCAUUAUGGGUCUUACAUGGGGAUUUAGUUUCAUUGCUGGCUUUGCUAAUGUAACUUCCCUUUGGUAUAUCUUCAUCAUUAUGAAUGGACUUCAAGGGUUUUACAUUUUAUGUAGCUUCAUCUGCACGGACAGGGUCAAACUGAUGCUAAGGAAGAAAUUGACAGGCAAGGAAUCGCGGCAUGACGUCACUUCGACAGUGUACACAACUGCCUCCACUUAA